AUGAGGCUUUUUGGCGCAGAUGUUCUCUGCACGGCACUGGUGCUGAUCACCUGUGUCAAUGCCUUCUCUUUCGAACUCUCAAAGCGGGCUUUGAAGUUUGACGAGUCCUGUAACACCAAGUAUGGAACGCUUACCGCGAAGCAGUUGGUAGACAAAAGUAUCGAAUUCCAGCCCAAACUAGCAAAAGCUGGUAAAGACAGUCUGGACACUCUCAUUGCGGCACUCGAGUACCAGAGUAAAGCUCCCGGCGCCAAGAAGCCUUCCGCCAGUAAAAGCGAACUGGACAAGAUCAUCGCUACCUACCGCGUUCUUUUUGGCGAUAUCCAGGCAAAGAACGACGAUGGAACGCCGAAUCCUAACUUCAGGAAAGAGGCAGCGGACCACAUCGCCGCCAUCAAGGUCACGAGAGACUCACUCAACCGCAUGAUGAAGCCUGGAAACCCGGAUCUGAUCAUCCAUUGCAAUGACGACUGGCUCAGCGAAAGAGGUCCAAAGACCGCGGCACCCAAGCCUACUGCACCACUGAGCUCUGGCUCCAAGUACUUCUACGACAUGGACAGGAAGCGAUGGGUCAGCGUUAAAGGCGGAAAGCCUUGUCAGGGUAACAAAGCUGCGGUCACCACCAUGAACAAGAAGUUAUCUGGGGCGUCUCGUGAGAAGGGCCCGGAAAGGGUCACGUUCUGUAAGGAUUAUUUAAAGCGGCAGCACCAGCUCGAGAAAGACAAGCAGCCUCAUCUCUGGGACAUCUCUACGACCAAACUUCCGGAUACUUUCGCAAUCUACACACAAACUGGCAAGAAAGACCAGACUCUUCCUUUCCAUAUAUCGGCUUUCGGCAAAAAGAUCGGAGCGAAGUGGUUUCACGAAUUCAUGCACACCGAGCUCUUCCACCCCGACUUGAACAAGUUCGCAGACAAGAAGGUGCCAGACUCGCAAGGUGGUACCGGCGGACUAGCAUACGGGUUUGAUGGCGCUGUCGGACUCGCUAAGCAGAAGGGAGGAAAGAACAUCGCCGAGUCAUCACGCAACAUCGAAAACAUUCUCUAUUGGUCUUUGGCAAUGUACUACGACAAGUGGUUGUGGAGCACAGGGAACCCUGAAGAUCCCAGUAGUCUGACUACUCCCUCGGUCAAGUCUGCCAGUAUUGACGAAGAAGAAGAGUCCCAAGUGGAAGCGGCAGCGAAGGGAGGAUCAAAGAAGACCACCAAACCUGCAGAUCCACCGAAAACUGAAAAGCCUGCUGAUCCGCCUAAGACAAGCGCUGCAGUGCCACCUCCGCCGCCGUCUUCUCAAGCGCCUCCUCCACCGCCAGCAACGUCUUCAGCAGCAGCAGCAGCAUCACCAGCUGCUAGCUCGCAAGUUGCACCACCCGUCAGCUCACAGGCACCAGGCUCCAAGCCUACAUCAGCACCUUCCAUCAGCACUCCUGUAUCUGGAGCAUCUACCCCCGUUUCGAGCUCCGAUAUCGCAUCAAUCAGCAGCCUCCCCCACUCUUCCUGCUCAAACACACUCUGCACCCUCCCCUCCUCCUCCGCCACUCCUACAUCCUCCGAAGCCGUCCCCCAAGAAACCUUUGAAUCCGAGCCCAUGAACGCCGGCUCCAUGACCGCGGACGAGAUCAUUGCCAUCGCCGGAUCGAUUGCUUCGGAGCAGGUCGCUGCAAUGGCGUUGUGGGACCAGGCGCUUGCGGAGAUGGGGCUUCCGAGUGAGACGGUCGAGGGCGACCCGACGGCAAGUUUGGGCACGGGGUUGCCGAUGGCGACGGGUAGUGCUGGGGGUGCGACGAACGGGACGUGGGAGAUGCCGGUAUUGAGGGCAAGGGGUGGUGAUGGGAGGAGGGAGAGGAGGAUGUAUGAUUAUGCUAGCUGA